ACAGAUAGAUGCACGCGUAGGUUUGUCUCACAGUUGGACUUCCACAAUGAGCUGUGAGCAGAGCUACCCGUUCCCACAGGUGUUCCUUGUGGAUGAAGGCAGGGGUCCGCACCAGUCGGAGCAGGCCCCAAAACUCAUCCCCUGCUGGUCUUUCCCACCUGCCCAGGAGAGGAGGAGGAGGCGAGGCUGCAUGGGAGUCAGCCCCAGCCUGGCCAUGAUUGUUUUGAUGCUGUUCCUGCUGGUGUUUGCAGCCCUGGGCUUUGAGGCUUACCAGAUCAUGGACCUACAGAAAAAAGUGAAAGAAGCCGGCAAGGCUGAAACUAGCACCGAGUCGGAGUUCAGUGCACCUCUAAAGCAAAUUGGUGACUAUGAGCCCGGGCCUAAUGGAAAGGAUGAAGACAUCCGGACAGCAGCACACGUUAUAGGACGCGUUGAAAAGGGUGAAUUUCCAAAGACCCUGCGCUGGGAGCCAAAGACAGGUCAGGCCUUCACCUCUGGAGCCGUGGCCUACCGGGCUGAGGACGGUGCCCUGCAGGUCAACGAGACCGGACUCUAUUACGUCUACUCGCGAGUGGAACUGAUCUUUAAGAACUGCAACCCCACUUCCGUGUUCGAGCACUCUGUGCUGGUGAGAAGGGAGGGGCAGCCCUCGUCCCUGAAGCUGAUGGAGGCCCACCGCGCCGGCUUCUGCCGCCAGCAGGCCGCCCACUCCUGGACCACCGAGAGUUACCUGGGCUCUGCUCAGCGGCUGAAGAAGAACGACAGCGUUUUCGUGCAUCUAUCGCACCCUCGCGAGCUCAGCCAUUCCCAUCAUGCCAACUUCUUCGGCCUUUACAAAAUUUGACGAGUUCAGGGCUGUUAGGCUUCAUUUGCUCGAGUUGCAAUUCAAUUCCACUGACAGAACGCAAGUCGUUCAGAAUGUCUCAGAGAGGAGUGAAACUUACUCAUCGCUUUACCGAAACAGUUCAAUGAAUGCGACCUCUUUCGUGUGAACCAAAUUUCUUAUUAUGUAAAGAUAUCUGAUGUUAAAACCCAAGGGAAACAUUGCACGUUUUUAAACUGGCAGCUCCAAAAAGAAAUUAGACUUGUUGGCAAUGUGAGAGGCAGUGACAUCAAUUGAAGCUUAGAGAAAAUAUUGGGGCCUUUUAUCGAUGAUGCGGUGAUUGAUGAGUCAGCAAACACUAAGGUGCUGGUUCAGUUAGUAGCGAUUUAAAGUAUUUAUUUGAUGUGGAACUGACUUCAUGUCUAAAUGUGUGCCUACGAAGCAGAGACUGUGAGAUAUUAUGUUUGUUUUAAAGCAAAUAAAGAGAUAAUUUAAGCAAAAGUGCGUGUUUUGCUAGGUUGUAACAAAAUGGGGCAUUUCUA